UUUGCCCCCCCCACAUGACUUGUCAAGUAGGAAGUGCAAGCGUUCAGCGACAGCAGCCUUCUUCACCAGGAACGCAACACCAGAGGAGCGCGGAGAGAGCCGCGUAAUCCCCCGAGUUUCCUUCUCGACGUUUCCACGCACACAUCUUCGUCUCGCCGCAGUAGCGGAGUUGUUAGUCGGUCGGCCUCAGUCAUGUUCCUGAAGGUGGUGUUUUUCGCCGCGGCUGUGGCGCUGAUUGGCGCCGAGGCAUUAAACGCAGAUGACUGUAGCUCUUUGUCGUGUGAGAAAUGUGGAACCACGAGUGGCUGCCAAUGGGCGAACUGCACAGCAAUCUCGUUUUUUGGUUGUGUAAACGCAACUUUUGCUGGAGAGAACGACACUUGCACCAAUGCCAGCUGUUCAGCUUUUCCGUCCACUCCAGUCCCGGCUUCAGCUUCUUCCCCUCCCACUCCAGUCCCCACCACCGCUUCCUCUAACAGUUCUACUACAGGUAACUCAACAGUCGGUACAACAUUCCAACCAGCUCCCACUGUCAACAACUCCACUUCCACACCGGCUAAUUCAACUGCAACAAACUCCCCCUCAGUCGACCCUCCGAAGACCUCCACGUUUGACGCCGCCAGCUUCAUCGGUGGAAUAGUGCUGGUCCUGGGCCUACAGGCCGUGAUCUUCUUCCUCUACAAAUUCUGCAAAUCCAAGGACCGUAACUACCACACCCUUUGAAGUGGUUGGAAUCAUUCUGCCUCCGAGCAGAGCCUUCCAGAGAAAACUUUCCAUUCAGCACAUUCGCAUCCGAGCGGACUCGGUGUUUCCAACUCUUCAAAAAAAAAAAAAAAAUGUCUUUUAGUAUUUGUUGUUUUCAUGGCACCUGCUCAUUUUAGCCCGCAUCACUGCUGCCAUUGCACUGUAGCCACACCAGCAAGUAUGAAUAAUUCCUAUCAACUUGCACAAUUUAACAGAUCUCUGCUGACAGGCAUUUAAAUCUAGAACCAAUGGAUUGCGUCAUCUGGAUGCAAACCCAGCCGCCAUCAUGUUAGUCAAUUUGUGGAAAGCAUUCUGCAGUAAUUGAAUGGGCUUUUUGUUUUUUACAACCCCUCUGCUCUUGCCUUUUUUAUCAAUCACAUUUAGGAGGCAGUCAUUGGUUGAGUCACUUUCCUGGGUCUUAUUUGGAGACACAAUGAGUUCAGAUUUAUUCUUGAAUGAUGAUUCACAGCAGCUUUUUUUUGGCCAAAAUUCUGGGUUUUCCUUUUUUUUUUUUUUUUCCUGUGCAGACAUGAAUGAUGUAAAUGAAGGAGGGAUUCUUUCAAAAGAGUAAAAGCAGCACCUAAUCUUCUGAUGCCACAGCUGGAAGGACUCUUGUUCUUUUGGCCUUCUGCAUUAUUAUUAUUGUUUUUAUUCCCCUGGGAAAUCUCUCGCCUCAUAAAGGAGGGCAAGUGUCAAAUCCUUGUUGCUACUCGAGCAGCUGAAGGCAAUAAAUCAUUUGAAUCCAUUUCAGAUCCACAACUCUCCCAUCUAUUAUUUCUAAUUGUUGAAUUUGUGCGCACUAGGAAUGGGAAGCUGACCUUUUCUGUAGAAUAUAUGAGAAGGUCAAAGAAUAUUUCAGAAACGGAAGACAUUUUUCUGGCGGCUGUUGAAAGGGGGUUUGUUGUGGCCGGUGAAGUGCCUUUAAUGUUCAGUAAAGGAGUAAGAGGAGGACUUUUCACGUCUUGGUUACCAUAUUUUCACCAGUUGUUUUGAAGGCAUCCCUGUGCUGAAAUGCGGGAGCUCCAGUUUUCCAGCUGGACUGAGGAGUCUUUUAUUGUUGAAUACAGACGGUUAACAAAAGCCCCGCUGAGUCUGGAUGCAGCUACACUUUGUGUGAAUUUUCUAUUUUUGCAGCUUUGCAAGCCUCUCUCCAAAUUUCAUCCCAUUUCAUUAUUCAUGUUUUUGUACCUUUGGCAUAAAUGGGGCUUUGGGAAACAUGAAUAAUGAGCUGGCGGGGAAUUUAUUUCAAGUUGGAUUAUCUUGAGAUUAUACUUGAAAACCAGCGGGCUUAAUUUAACGAAGGUGAUCGUUUGAGUGCUUUUAAGUUAGAUAAAAAACAAGUGUUGCUCCUGUCAAAUGAUCUUUGUACGUCUGACUUUGCGAUGUAAAUGAUUUCUUGGAGAAGGGCAGAUGACUUCUGAAGCUCAAGUUUAGCCGUCUAACCAGCUCGCUGCCAAUUCUUUGCUCUGCCCUUAGCCAGCCAUGUCCUGCUUUUGUUCAUUUUCCAGUUUUCUGCUCACGAAAAGGUGAAAAUGAAGUAUUGUUCCUUAGAAGUUUGCCUUCUGUGUACCCCUCCCCUGAAGAGCAUGCCAGAUGCUUGGACUACUUACCUGCUUAUGACUUAAAAAAAAAAAGCUUUAUUAUUUGUGAUUUUUUUUUUUUUUUUUUUUUUACAUAGUUAAAGGAAUGCCUUUGGAAAUUGUGCGCUUUAAGCCAAAGUUCUCUUCGUUUAGCCGGCAUUUAUGUGUGUUUGUGGGUCAACCGCAGGACGGAUAACAUCAGAAAUUAAGCAUAAAUGGUUCCAAAUAUUGACCAAAUGAAUGCAAUAGAUUGUUUUGGCCUGUAUAGUUUGGGAAUGCGUGUUUUCUGCUGCUCACCGUUAACCUGCCUUUAACACGCGUGUUUUGGGUGGGCUGUGGAGUUUGGCCUUAGUUUCACUCGCUCUGCAUGUGGAGCCACUUGAAUGAAGAUAAAGCUUUUCAGCAUAAUUCCCAGCUGCUGCGUGGACGGCGCUUCCUGCCGCCUGCUUCCUUACUUUUUACCAGCUGCAUUUCUUUGAGGACCCAACAUGGCACGUUGGGGUAUGUCUGUAUCCAUGGAAACCUGGGGUCCAUUGUGUUUCUUCUCCCCUCACAGUCUGUGCAUCUCUUUGAGGGAAAAGUGCCUUAUUCAGUUAACGUCUUUACAUAUUGGUGUUAAAGAUUAACGCGGCUAAAUAUCAGUGAUGAAUACUCAGCACUUUGGGAUCCCUGUGAAAGUGGAUGUGUGUGUUCAGCUUCAAUGCACAUUUUUGUCACACUCAGCCUUAACUCUGUCAAUCCAAUCUACACAACAGCCACUAAAACGUUGUCCAGACGGGCCAGUUUGGGAUAAAUGAAUGCAGGUCGCAGCCUGAGCAUCGUCUCGCGUGUUUUACGCCGCAGCAUUCCUCCACUUCAGCUCUGCUUUGGUUUGGCCUUAUUAUACAUUUGAACCUGAAUGUGCGUUUAGUCGUGGGGGGCUCGCUGUUUUCAGGCCGGAAGUGAAUUGGCUUAUCCCUUUUCUUGCUUUGUGGCUUUAUUGCUGAGUGCAUCCACUUAGUGCUGUAUUUGUUGGUAUGAGUUAUUAUUGUUUUUGUAUUUCCUCACUUUGACCUGCACACAGCCAUAUGUUACCACUGGACAGUGUAAGAAUGCCUCCUGGUUUGCUUCCUUUGUUCCCUCAUUUCUAUGCCCCUUUUCAGUUUGUGGCCUUGUUUCCUGCUGUUGCCUUUAGUUUCAAGAUGUUAAAACCAAUAAAGUUUAAAUGUAAAAAAAAAAAAAAA